CUGCCCUGUGACGUCACACCAGCUCUUCCCGAUGAUCGCAUGGGGCUGGUCAUCUGGUACAAGCAGGGGCACGACGCACCUAUAUACUCGCUUGACACCAGAGAAGGCGUGACGUCACACUGGUCGGACCCCGGCACUUUAGGCACCCGGGCGACAUUUCGCAGUGAUACCAGACCCGCUGUGCUAGUGCUUACUAAACUUAGGCCUGAGGACAGCGGGCAGUAUCGGUGUCGAGUUGACUUCAUCAAAUCGCCCACGAAGAACACACGACUCAACCUUACAGUGCUCAUACCUCCAGAGCGGCUGAUAAUCCUCAACCAAGAGGGAAAUGAGGUCCAGGGAGGUAUACUCGGGCCCUACGAUGAAGGGGCAGAGGUCAAUUUGACCUGCGUUGCUGUUGGGGGUCGACCAACAGCACGGGUGUCAUGGUGGAAGUCACACGCCCUGCUCGCAAAUUCCGAAGCCAGAGCUGCCGUCAGUUUUAGGCUACAGAGGUCAGAUUUGGGCACGGAGGUCACUUGCCAGGCCGUGACAGACCCGUCGCUAGCGCCGGUCUCCGAGAGUCUCUCCAUCGACGUAAACCUGCGUCCCCUCUGGGUCCGACUGCAAGGCGGCAAGCGCCCUCUAGUGGCCGGGCAGAAGACUGAACUAAUCUGCCAAGCUGUAGGCGCCAGGCCCAAACCUUCGAUCACGUGGUGGCGAGGCGGUACCAAGCUUAAGAAUGUCAGAGAAACUACCUCGACCGAUGGUAACAUAACCAACAGCAUCCUAACGUUCGAGCCAGCCAUCGACGACGCAGGCAGAGUCCUGUCUUGCCGAGCGACCCAACCUUCCCUACCUCACUCUACCCAUGAAGAUGGUUGGAAGAUGGAGAUCCAACAUCUACCGCUGGUGAAGCUUGAGUUGGGAGCGAACCUGGACGCCAGCAAAGUCGUCGAAGGGUCUGAUGUGUACAUCGACUGUCGUGUGCGAGCAAAUCCUUGGCACACGCACGUACAUUUCACACACAAUGACAUGGUAGUGAAGCCCGGGCCCGGAGUCCUCGUAGCCAACCAGAGCCUGGUGCUCCAGAAGGUGUCCAGAAAAGCGGCCGGGGCCUACGUGUGUGCGGCCAGGAAUGCCCUUGGAGAGGGCUUUAGUGAAAAUCUCAUGUUGGAUGUUAAAUACACACCUACGUGCAAGUCUUUGCAGCCAGCCGUACUGAGAGCCGCUAGAGGAGAGCUCAUCGAAAUUGAGUGCGAUCUAGACGCCAACCCAAAGGAAUCCAUGACAUACCAUUGGUGGUUCAACAGUUCUGCUCACAGCAAGCAUGAACUCACGGCUGCUUCCACGUUAAAUGCUGCGCAAAGUGGUACAUAUUUAUACAUGGUCAAUACGUCAUCGGACUACGGAUGGGUCCAGUGUUCCGGUACUAACAGCGUCGGACGGCAGACGAAACCGUGCCUCUUCCAUAUUUUACCUGCAGAUAAGCCUUCAGCAGUUAAAGCGUGUGAGAUCACAAACGUGACUUACGAUUCUUUGACUCUGAACUGCACGCCGGGGCACGAUGGCGGUAUUCGGCAGUCUUUCUUAUUACAAGUAUUCGACAUGGGCACAGGUCUGCUCCUAGCCAACGUAAGCAGCGAUGAACCAGAGCUCCAUGUUUCUGGUCUCUCGGCCAGCAAUUCUCUGUCAGUAGCUGUGAGGGCGUAUAAUAGGAAAGGGGCCAGUGAACCUUUGACAUUGACGUCUAGUCUGCUUAAAUAUCCUGAAAGACAUACAGCGCAAGUCCCCGUGAAAGUGGAGCUGACGACUGUUCUGAUCAUCGUGCUGGUCUCCGUCGGAGUCAUCGCCGCCAUGACGGCCGUGUCCGCCACCGUCUUCUGUUGCAAGCACUGCAAUAAGAAAAACAAUAAAAAUGAAAAAGACAAGAGGCAGCAGGACGAAACUUCCAACGUGCCUUUGACAGGCACGAAAGAGUCAGACAGCGUCGACAGUUUGGAUAAAAACCCAGACAUAAUACCGCUAGAUGGUAAAAUAAGCGACAGCUGCUCAAACAAGUCCUCAACAACCGAUUACAGUUCAAUCCGGCCAUUAAUAUCAAAAAAUCCAGCAGAAAAAUACGACUCAGUCCCACCCAACUGCGACAGAUUCUACGACCACAACAUAGACCCAUGCAACCACUAUAUACAAAUCCGUCCAAUGGAAUACAGGGUACGGCCAACAUACCAGCCGAAUCCUAUUGCGAAUCUUGGUCCUAGUAUACAGAGUCUUGGGCCUAUGAGCAGUUUGGGAGUUCCGAACGUUGGGCCGAGUGAUUGCCACAGGCCACCGUAUGACAAAGUGUACGAGGAUUGGUUGAAGUAUAAGAAUGCAUUGCCGUUGAAUACUAGUGGUUUGCUACCAGCCGAGCAGCUAAUGCCGCCCGAGCUCUACGCCACCCCUCCCCCCUCCCUCUACAGCAACCCCCGCACCCCCCUCCCGCUCCCCCUCCCAGAGCUCGACCACCGAUACUUGGAGAGGGACGGCAGGUGUUCCAACUCGCCCCCGGUCCGGUUCAACACGGACAAUAGUGUGUAUUAUAAUAAGAUGAUGGAGAGGAGUACGAAUACGUUGCCGCAUUUGAAGAGGAUAAAUGGUAACACAAUCAAUCAAAAGCCGACUGAACUCAAACAAAGUGCCGGUAAAUCUACGGACACAAACUUAGAACCUGUCAAAAUGGGCAGUCAAGAGUGCUAAAUAAGUGUCAAGUGUUGCCAAUGUGACUGUUGUGGCCAGAUGACAGUGUAAGUGCUGCCAGAGUGACUUGCCGAUUGUAUAGUUCACGUAAGAAAUCAAGAAUUUUAAAAGUUUUUUAAGUGUAGCAGUACAAUAUUUUAUGACAGUAUUACAGAAAAAUGGUGUUUUAACGUGUUCAUUAUAUAACAAACCUUAACGAAGUGUAAUCUGGUUUUGAUACGGUGAAAAUAACUUGUAGUAAAACAUCGGUCUAAAGAUUUUGUUAUGCGACUGACAAAUGGGGUUAUUUUAAUCACUGGGGUUUGGUCAGAUGUUUAAAGAGGUACCUAUUGAUGUUUUUCU